UCAGUAUCAAAUAAUGAGUAUACAAUAGUGUUGUAUAGUACUUCGUGGAUGCAACUUAUGAAAGUAUAUAUAAGUUUUAUUUGGCUUAAUUAAUAAUUAUAAAUACAAGUUAAAUAGAUUGGGGAUAACUUUAUUCGAAUUUCAAACGAUGUCUAGUCUGACAGUGUGCUUGAUAGCUGCCUUAUUUCUCACUACUUUAUGUGAUGGAUAUAAGAUAAUGGUACUGAUGCCAAUAGCAACGGGCAGCGCGGGAAUAUUGGGAGAUGGGAUUGUGAACAAUUUGCUACAGGCAGGCCAUGAGGUAACCUACGUAACAGGCAAGUUAAAAAAGCAUCCGCCGCCUAAUUUGCACCAAGUCGAUGUCUCAAAUGCUAAUGAAGAUAAAAAUAGAGACAAAUUGUUACACCUUGAAGACUUGUUGGAGGGCAAGUCGAAGGUUGGAUAUGAAACUAUCAUGGAGAUGAUAGAAUCCCUGAACAGGGCGGUGUUCCUGAGUCCUCAGUUCGUUGAGCUGAUGGGUGAUAAGACGAAGAAUUUCGACGCUGUUAUAGGCUUGUGGAUGUUUAGUGACAUUUAUUCUGGCUUGGGGCAUUUGUUCAACUGUCCCUUCAUCUGGUUGUCCACCGUAGAACCUCACUGGAUGGUGAUGAACCUCAUCGAUGAGAACACCCACCCCGCCUACGUCCCUGAUAUGAUGUCGGCCAACAUACCGCCUUUUACCUUCACCAUGCGGAUUAAGGAACUGUUCACGCAAAUCUUCGGAAUGGCAUUGAAAUUUUUCUUUCUCAAUGGUUAUCAAACCAAAGCUUACGAAGAGUUGCUUGUUCCUCACAUUAUCAAAAGAGGAAGAGACGUGGUCCCUCUUGAUGUAUUAAAGUACAAUGCUUCUUUAGUUCUGGGCAACUCACACGUGUCACUAGGACUUGCGACCAGGCUGCCACAAGCCUACAAACCCAUCGGAGGUUACCAUAUAGAUACCGUGGUCAAACCGCUGCCGGACGAUUUGAAGAACCUCUUAGACAAUGCGAAGGACGGUUUAAUUUACUUCAGCAUGGGCUCCAAUUUGAAGAGCAAGUAUCUGCCAGCGUCAAUCAAGAAAGAUUUGCUGGAUUUGUUUGGUAGCUUGAAGCAAACAGUACUUUGGAAGUUCGAAGAGGUUCUACCGAAUCUGCCAUCAAAUGUCCACAUUGUGCAUUGGGCGCCUCAGCAAAGUAUAUUAGCCCAUCCUAAUUGCAUCUUUUUCAUUAGUCACGGUGGUCUACUGUCUACCACUGAGGCUGUCCACUUUGGCAAACCAAUUAUAGGUAUCCCGGUCUUUGGAGACCAAUUUAAUAACGUCUACAGAGCUGUUAAGAAGGGUUUCGCCAAGAAAGUGAAUCUAGCAUAUGACAUGAAAGAUAAAUUGAAAGCUGCUAUUGAUGAUUUGCUAAUUAAUAAAAGUUAUGCAGAAAAAGCGAAAGAGCUAUCGCUGGUCUAUCACGACCGUCCCGUCCACCCGGCCAAGGAGAUGGUGCAUUGGGUGGAACACGUGGUGAAGACACGAGGCGCCCCCCACCUCCGCUCACCAGCCCUGGACGUGCCACUCUAUCAGAAACUGUACCUGGAUCUUAUAGCUUUAGUCUUAUCGGUCUUGUAUGUGGUAAAGAAGAUAGCAGUGAAAUUGUGUUACUCAAAGAAAGAUAUGAAUAAAACGAAGAGGGAUUAGAGUGUGUUAUAAUGUGAUUAUA